CUCAAUUAAGUAAGGAGACCAAAUGCGUAGAGACAAAGAAAUCAAACCGGUUUCAGAGACGUAGAAAUUACAAGAGAGAGAGAGAGAGACCAAAACACAAGCUCUCACCAGCAGAGACGUAACACCAUUAACACCAUGCUGCUGGUGCCACCCAAACCCAUCAACAUCACCAUCACCAUCUCCAUCAUGCUCCUCUUCAUCUUCUUCCUCUUCUUCUUCUCCGGCUUCUUCCACUUCCCUUCCUCCCUCUCCCCCAUCACCACCACCACCACCAGUAGAACCGCUCGAUUCACUCCCGCCGCCGCCGCAUCGGAGCCAUUCACCGAUCUGGUGGGAGCGUUCAGGAGGUGGGACUCGAAGGUGGGGUGCCAGCGGUUCAGGGAGAAAUGGGGUAAUGGGUUGGUGCUGAAUCAGUCAAAGGAUGCAGCUUUGCAAGGGUUCGGUAAGUGUAAGGGUUUGAAGAUGAAUCAUGUGAGUGUUUUGGUUAAAGGGUGGACUUGGAUUCCUGAUAAUUUGGAUAAUCUCUACUCUUGCGAUUGUGGGUUGAGCUGCUUGUGGACCAAAUCCAACGUUCUUGCUGACAAGCCUGAUGCUUUGUUGUUCGAAACUACCACCCCUCCUCUUCAGCGACGUGUGGGAGAACCACUUCGCGUAUACAUGGAUCUUGAAGCUGGCCGGAAGAGAUCAGGUCUAGAGGAAAUUUUUAUUAGUUAUCAUGCCGGAGACAAUGUACAGGCAACCUAUGCCGGUGCGCUAUUCCACAAUGGGCGAAACUAUCACGUCUCCAAUAAUAAAAACAAUGAUGUACUCGUAUAUUGGUCCUCAUCAAGAUGCCUUUCUCAGAGGAACACAAUUGCAAAGAAACUCCUCAAGUUGCUGCCUCACCACUCAUUUGGAAAGUGCUUAAAUAAUGUUGGCGGUCCAGACAUGGCUCUCUCUAUGUACCCCGAGUGCGCGAAUGAUGCCAAUUUAGCUCCAAAAUGGUGGGAUCACUUACAUUGUGCCAUGUCUCAUUACAAGUUUGUUCUUGCAAUUGAGAACACUUGGACAGAGAGCUACGUGACGGAGAAGUUGUUUUAUGCCUUGGACUCUGGCGCAGUUCCUAUCUAUUUUGGUGCUCCAAACGUCAUGGAUUUUGUUCCUCCACAUUCAAUAAUAGAUGGCAGAAAGUUCAGCUCAUUCGAAGAGUUGGCUUCAUAUGUGAAGUCUGUAGCUAACAAUCCAGUAGCCUAUGCGGAAUACCACGCAUGGAGACGGUGUGGCAUACUUGGAAACUAUAUAAAAACUCGAGCAGCGAGCCUUGACACGUUGCCAUGCCGGUUAUGCGAGGCUAUUAGCCGAAAAGGUGGAAGAAAUGCAAGAAGCUAGGUUGAGAUUCCAGCAUAAGCUAUUCUGAAUCAAAUAUAGGAAGACUGAAUUUCAUGGAAGGUGGAGGUUGCAACCUGUAUAGAGAGAGGCACGGUGCUUGUUUCACAUAGAAAGAGAUCACAUGGAAGGCUUAGGAUAGGAUGGUUCCAUUUUUUAUUUGUUAUUUUUAAUACUUGUUUUUUUAACCUUGUGCUAUGAUAGAAAAUUGUUGAUGCUAUCUCCACCUUAGUCAAUUCAAUGUAGAUUGGCUAUACGUCCCCAAAAUCCAAGGGGUUGUAAACUUCUGAGGAAUCAUGAUGUGAUGUAUAGUGCUUCUAUGGUUAGAGCUUUAAUAUGUGAACUGUGAAGUCCAUAGGGUAGUGCUUUAACUAGGAACUUAAGCUGUGUCAUUAUCUCCCUUAUCACACAAUUAUAUUAAUAGAGCAUUUUGCAUUAAA